GCCCACUCUGAAAUCCCCACUCACUCUCACUGCGAGUCUCUUUUUAGUUUGCACAUGGAUCCAUUCACAAAUCUACAAAUGUUUUUUUUGUUGAGCGCGCAGACACCGCGGGGUGGUGAUCGGUGGAUGGAUCAGCGCGCGUGCGGCCGAUCAGCUCCCUGACGCUUCUGAUCAACUUGUUGCGCAGCUGCUAUUAUUUCUGACCUGCCCUGUGGUCCACCGCUGCUGCAGAACCACGCUCUCGUGGAGUGACAUGAUCGGAGCGCCGUGGAAAGCGCUUCACCUUCUCCAUAAAGGAUAGUGUCAACGUGGAUUGAUUUUAUCGAGCCUUUUUACUAUGACAGAAGGGACGGGGGAUGCGAGUCAUGAUGAGCUGGACGCGUCCUUGUCCCGGACCGGACUGGAUCCGCAGCCUCCUCUGCCUCACUUUACUCCUAUGGACCAGGCGCGUCACCGGUCUCUCUGACUUUUCAAACUACCUGUCCAGGAUCCUCACCAGCCACUCUGCCCACGCCUGUGAUGGGACGCCCCUGCGGCUCCACUGCCCUCGCCAUUCCACCAUCUCCAUCCAGUCAGCCUUCUAUGGGAGCGGUGAGGUGUGGCCGUGUAGAGUAGAGCCUCCGCUCAGACACCACAACCACAGCUGUGCAGCUUUCACUGCUCUACAGAAGCUCUUGUCAGAGUGUCAGAGCCACAGAGACUGUCAACUGCCUGUAAAUCAUCUGCUGUUUGGGAAGGACCCCUGCCCAGGCACCACCAAAUACCUCCAUGUGGAAUACAAGUGUAAACCUGCUGAACACAAAAGACUGUUGGUAUGUGAGGGAGAGACCAUGCUCCUGCACUGCAAGCCUCCCAGGGUGCUGAACAUCUACGCAGCUGUCUACGGCAGACGUCUGGGUCAGACGGACACCUGCCCCUCUCACCUCUCAAGACCACCGCCAUUUGCUAAAAGUAUAAGAAGAGGAGGAAAUAUUGUAUUAUUGUCAAGCCAAACCCUAGAGUGCUUGAACCAUGAGGCCCUGCACAAGGUGUCAAAGUCCUGCUAUGGCAAACAAAAGUGCGCCGUUACCGUCGGCAACCAGACCUUCAGGGAUCCUUGCUUUCCAGGAACCAGGAAGUACCUUACUGUGCUCUAUUCUUGUGCAGUUCCACAGACUUUAUUAAAGGAGGCAGAUCCAAGCUUUUUAAGUUCCACCACCUUUCCUACAACAACAAAAGAUCUGGAGGAUCCUGGAGGAGCAAUGAUGAGCAACUCCCUCCUAACUUACACCUACAUCAGAGAGCACCCAGAAAUGGCAGCUCUGCUCUUCACCUCCAGUGUGUGCAUCGGCCUUCUCUUCACGCUGCUGGUUCUGUCGGUGCGUGUGACCUGCAGAGGGCGACAGCUCAGAGGUCACCCAGUCACGACAAACAAGCCUGGAAGCCAGGCUGUCUCCUGUGAGGACCAUGAGGAAGAUGAUGGAGCUGAAAAAGAAGAUGACACGGUCACCGAGGGUUCUUUACUUUCCGCCGCAGAAAGGACGGCCAUAUACGGUUGGGAAGACGUGACUUAUGUGAGCGAAGCAGCUGAAAUGGCUGAGAGGAUUGAGCGCCGAGAGAUGAUAAUUCAAGAGAUUUGGAUGAACUCUUACCUGAACGGCAGCUCCUGUUAAUCCCAUCAAUUUUAUAGAUUAUUACGGGAUAAUCCACAGCAUGUCAUGGGUUCACACCACAAAAAACGUUUUACUUUGUAAAGGAUUUCUCAUUUUCAUAAAGACUGUAAAUUAUUUUGUAAUUAAUCAACAAAGUUGCAUAAAGUUGGAAUAAGUUGCUAGAAUAUUGUAUUAUGUAAAGGGUAAUUAAAAAUAUUGAUUUAAAUAGA